AUAAACUCUGAUUAGUUUAGAAUAAGAUAUUAGAGCUGUGUAUUUUAUAUCCAAUUAUGCAUCCAGUUUUUAUGUCUGUUACUUCAUAACUCCAUCUCUUAGAAACCGAUUUGUAAAACUCAUUUUAUAUCUGUAAAGAUACACUUAUAGAUUGGUCCCAGAAAAAUGUUAUUUAUAUGCAUACGCAUGAAGGAAUGAUACUCAUUGCUAGCGGGGCAUUGGCAUAUCCGUUUAUGUACGGCCUAAGUUUCGGAUCUCCAACCGUGCUGAUCCCCCAGCUGCGGCGGGAGGCCAACUCCACCGCGGCGGUCAGUGAUGAGAUGGAAUCGUGGCUGUCUUCCUCCAUGAGCUAUGGCAGUAUACCAGCCGCAAUCAUUUUGACAAUCCUCGCCGACGUGAUUGGACGAAAGCGCACGUGCCUCAUUGUAUCGUUGACUUCGCUAUCGGGAUUUCUUUUAUACUAUUUUACAAGUAGUUUAACAGGUUUACUGAUAAGUCAAAGCGUUCAAGGUGUAUUAGCAGCAGCGCAGAUAACAACAUCGGCUAUGGUGAUGACAGAAUACAUAUCACCUCAAUAUCGAGGUGUCUUUUUGAAUAUAAAAGGAGCUUCUUUGUUCUGGGGUAUUUGGGUUUCGAAUGCUAUGGGAACGUUUUUACAUUGGAAAACAAUCGGUUUAUUGGGAUUGAUUUGCGCAGUCUACAGCAUGGUGACUGUGCUUAUUUGGCCAGAGUCCCCAUACUGGUUGUCAGCGAAAGGGCGGUAUGAUGAAUGCACAAAAUCUCAUCGAUGGUUGAAAGGUUCGAGCUUAGACGCCGAGAAGGAAUUGAAGAAUCUAAUCGCUUAUAAAGUAAAUGAUACAAGUGAUGCCAAGUCAGACUUAUCUUUGUGGAAACAAAUGACAAAUACCCUCAAAACGAUGUCUCAAAGAGAAAUAUACAAACCAAUAUUAGUGUGUCUCUCAAUUAUGGCAAUACAACAGUUUUCUGGAAAGUAUGUAUGGACUGUUUAUUCGAUUGAAAUUAUUAAGAAAAUAACCAACAGUGAGUCCACUGCAUACAUUGGGAUGCUCACAUUAGACGGUGUCACAAUAGGCUGUAUGUACACUGGAUGUUUCCUAACAAAACGUUUCAAUAGACGUGUGUUGUUACUAGCUCCAGCAUCGGUGGGUGUUGCUUUACUUUUUUUAUUAUCAUUGUAUUUAUACCUCAUAAAACUAAUGGUUAUAUCAGAAAAUAACAUAGUAACUGUAUUAUUGCUUACAAUAUUUUCCAUUGCUAUAUGUAUUGGACCUAUAAAUAUAGGAACAGUACUGAUGGGUGAAUUGAUUCCUUUAAAAUGUAGAACUGCCUGCAUUUGUUUGUUAUCUACGACUAUCAAAAUGGUUAUGGCCACAGUGAUAAAAGUUUCUCCAUACUUAUUCCGAACAUCAGGAUACCAUGGUGCAUUCUUAUUCUAUGCUAUAUCUACCCUUGUAAUCGUACUUCUUGUAUAUAAAUAUUUACCUGAAACUAAAGAUAAAACAUUGGUUGAGAUAGCUGAAACAUUUAGGAAAUUGCCAAAAACAGAUACGUUAAUGGUACCAUUAAACGAUAAUAAUAAAUUAUAAAAAAACAAGAAGUUUCAGAUUAUCAUUAAAUGAAUAUAAUAAUUAGAAAGAGAGAAAUGUUUAUUAAUUAAGAUUAAUAUUAUAUUAUAAAAUUGUAUUAUUAACUGAACAAAGAUCAUGAGGUUAAUCCUCAUGAUUUUUGUGAAAAAGAAGUGACUCGAAAUGGUAUCAUUUAUUUGUAAUCAUAUAUCGAGCAUGGUCUUUCACGUGCAAAAUUAUGCCACAAAAAUUCAUAUGUACAUUAUUUUCCUAGUUAAAGGUAUACAAUAGGCAAUAUUAUGAUACGGUUAUUAAAAAUGUUUGCCUACUGGUAGAGAAAUCUCGCUUUUAACAGUAGACAAGUUUUUGAAUGUAUUAAUUUUUUUAUUGUAAAAUAUUACUAUUAAAAUCUUCUGUGUAUAUUUUA